GCCAUGCUCCAGACGCGCUCUGCGGUCUUGCUCGCGGUGUUGGUGGCGGCCGCGACGGCGGCGCCGGCGGAGGACGCGGCGCUCUACUCCAGCAAGUACGACAGCGUCGACCUGGACAAGGUGCUGGCCAGCGACCGCCUGCUCAACAGCUACUUCCAGUGCCUCAUCUCCGACGCCGACGACCGCUGCACCGCGGACGCCAAGUAUCUCAAAGAGGUAAUACCGGACGCACUCACCAAUGAAUGUAAUCGGUGCCGUCCGAACCAAAAGGAAGGAGCCGAGAAGGUCAUCAAGUUCCUUAUUAACAACAAACCAGACAUGUGGGAGAAACUGGAGGCGAAGUACGACCCACAGGGGGUAUACAAGAAGAGGUACCAGAACGAGUUUGAGAGAGUCAAGGGGGGGAAGGACCAGGAGCCGUACUCCAGCAAGUACGACAAUGUGAACCUGGACGAGGUGCUGGCCAGCGAGCGACUCCUCAACAGCUACUUCGAGUGCCUCAUCGCCGACACAGAAGAGCGCUGCACGGCGGAUGCCAAGUACCUCAAGGAGGUCAUCCCGGACGCUCUGAAGAACGGUUGCAGCCGCUGUCGGCCGAACCAGAGGGAGGGAGCCGAGAAGGUGAUCAAGCACCUCAUCAACAAGAAGCCCGACAUGUGGAACCAACUGGAGGCCAAGUACGACCCCGAGGGCGUUUAUAGCAAGAAGUACCAGAGCGACUACGAGAGGGUGAAGGGCCAGAAGGAGACCGAUAUGUACUCGAGCAAGUACGACAACGUCAACUUGGAUGAGGUGCUGCGCAGCGACCGCCUGUUCGACAGCUACUUCCGCUGCCUCAUCGAGAACACCGAGGAUCACUGCACCGCCGACGCCAAGUACCUCAAGGAGGUCAUCCCAGACGCACUGACGAAUGGCUGCAACCGAUGCCGACCAAAUCAGCGGGAUGGCGCCGAAAAGGUCAUCAGACACCUCAUCAAGAACAAACCCGCCAUGUGGAACGAACUUGAAGCUAAAUACGACCCAGAGGGCAUCUACAGAACCAAAUACCAGAGCGACUAUGAAAGGGUGAAAGUCUAGGCAACGAUGUAUCUCAAAUCCUUGAACUCGA